AUGUCGACCGAUCGAGAAGCCCUCAGCUCCCGCGUGCUCCCUUUCAUGAUCCUCUCAGAUGGCUCGGAAGCGUCAUUGACAGGCCCUCCACCUCCACUGCCACACUAUCUCAAUGCCGAGGGCCGGGCGAUGGCGAGGUUCGCCGUGGAAGGCAAUGUAGUGAUCACCGGCGGAGCGGGAUCCCUCGGCCUCUCAGCAGCCCGAGCACUACUCGAACACGGCGCCGCCGGCUGCGCUCUCUGGGACCUAGAAGUCACGCUUCGCAGCGCACAAGCCCAACUCCUCGACCUCGCCAAAGACUUCCCCAAAGCGCGCGUGUUCGGCGUAUCCGUAGACGUCACCGACGCCGCGAGCGUCACCGAAGGCGUCACCGCCGUCGUCCAAACGCUAGGCAGUCUCGACCAUCUCUUCUGCUUCGCGGGGAUCGUCGGCUGCUUCCACGCGAUGGAAAUGACGGACGCCAUCUGGCGCAAAACGCUCGAGGUCAACACCACCGGCUCCUUCCUGUGCGCCCAAGCGGCCGCGAGGCAGAUGGCGGCGCAGAAAGCGGGCGGCAGCAGCGUCACGCUCGUGGCGUCGAUUUCGGCCCACCGGGUGAAUUUCCCGCAGGCGCAGGCGGCGUACAAUGUUAGCAAGGCGGCGAAUGUGGCGCUCAAGUCGAGUUUGGCGGCGGAGUGGGCGGUGCAUGGCAUUCGGGUCAACUCCAUUAGUCCCGGGUACAUGGACACUAUUUUGAAUGCGGGUGAGGGGAAUAUCAAGACUGCGAGAGAGAGCUGGGCGGAGAGGAAUCCGAUGGGCAGGAUGGGGGCAUUGGGGGAGCUGGAUGGGGUGUGUGUUUUGCUCGCGAGUCGGGCGGGGUCGUAUAUCAAUGGGGCGGAUAUGGUUGUUGAUGGUGGUGCAUGCUGCUUCUAG